CUGGCGAGGUGGGAACACCAACUACGGAAAGAGCAGAUCUCGUGAAGACAGUAAAAGACAAGGAAAAGCGUCCACGGAUUUAUAUUUCACACUUUUAGACGGCGGUCCAGAUUAGGAUUAACAGAGCUGAACAAGAUGAUGUCUGAUGCCAGUGACAUGUUGGCAGCAGCCUUGGAGCAAAUGGAUGGUAUUAUAGCAGGCUCCAAAGCUCUGGACUACUCCAAUGGCAUCUUUGAUUGUCAGUCCCCAACAUCACCCUUCAUGGGCAGCUUGCGAGCCCUCAACUUACUGGAGGACCUCAGGGGCAUUCUGGAGCUCAUGGACACUGAGGAAAGAGAGAGCUUGCGUUGUCAGAUCCCAGACUCUACUGCAGACAGUCUGGUGGAGUGGCUGCAUGGUCACCUGUCAAAUGGACAUAUUUCAAUCACCGGUGAUGUUUACCAGGACAGACUUAAUCGUCUUGAAAGUGAUAAAGAGUCCCUUGUGCUUCAGGUGAGUGUUUUGACGGAUCAAGUGGAGGCGCAGGGUGAAAAGAUAAGGGACCUAGACCUGUGCCUUGAUGAACACCGUGAGAAACUAAAUGCAACUGAAGAAAUGUUGCAGCAGGAACUCUUGUGCAGAUCAGCCCUUGAGACUCAGAAGCUGGAGCUUAUGGCAGAGGUUUCCAACUUGAAGCUGAAGUUAACAGCCAUGGCGAAAGAGAGACUCGAUUUUGACGACAGAUUUGGAGAUAGUGAGGGUUUGAUUUUGGAGAUUAAUGAACUGAGAUAUCGCAUUUCUGAGUUGGAGAAUGAACGGUUACAGUAUGAAAAGAAAUUGAAAUCCACUAAGUCGCUUAUGGCCAAACUCUCUAGCCUGAAACUCAAAAUGGGCCAGAUGCAGUAUGAGAAACGGAGGAAGGAACAAAAAAUCCAGGCGCUCAAGGAGGAGCUGGUUACGUUGAGAAGGCAGCUGGAUGGCAGAGAUGGUGAUCUGAGGAUGCUGCAGGAUGAGACGGGGUCCAGAUCCCCAACACCUGCAGGCCUAGACAGCACAGAGAGAGGUGGGUCACGCAUAGUUGCUGUUAUUCACAGUAUUGCCUGUUCCAGCAUGCCCUACAGGGGUCUAGUUUUGUCUUGUCAUCAUGCUGUGUCUGCGACAACAUUUGUCAGUACACUCCAAGUGCCAUCGCUCACAGUACAUAUAACAUCCCCAGAUAAAGCAGACAACCAUUCAGGCCUGGAACACAUGCAGUCAUCAAGUGAGAAAGAGUGUCAGGAGCCAACUCAAUCACUGGAGACCCCGUUAGAUGAGAGUCCCGAAACUUCAGAGGUCACAAAAUCAGCAAACCAGGGCAACCUUGAUGGAAGAGCCAGUGAAAAGAGCAAAGAAUUUGAUGAGUUCAACAAGAUCACAACUCUACCACCCAGAUCUCCAAGCUCUUCUCGUACUGCUGAGGAUGACAGCUUCGGCACCAGGAAAAUGAGAUCUUCUUUUGGACGGGGAUUCUUCAAGAUCAAGGGAGGGAAGAGGACUGCUAGUGCCCCUAAUUUGGCUGAGACAGAGAGGGACGGCACUGACCAUCUGGAUCUGGCAGGCAUGCCGCAGAGGUCAGCUGACAGUGACAGCACACACACUCUCCCCAUUUCUCCAGAGGGCAAGAAAAAGUCAAAAGGAAUCAAAGCUCUAUUUGGAAAGCUCAAAAGAAGUCAAUCAACCACAUUCAACCUGGAUGAUAACUUAUCAGAGAGUGAGUUUAAACGGGGUGGAGUCAGAGCCACAGCUGGGCCCAGGCUGGGUUGGUCACGUGACCUGCAGAACACCAACAGUGAGCUGGAUGCACCGUUUGCACGCUGGUCCCGGGAGCAGGUGUGUGAUUGGAUGCAGGAGCAGGGACUGGGGUUGUACGUGAGUUGGGCAAGGCAGUGGGUCGCCUCAGGCCAGACGCUUCUGCAGGCAUCCCAGCAGGAUCUGGAAAGAGAGCUGGGAAUAAAACACCCUCUACACAGGAAGAAACUGCAGCUGGCCCUGCAGGCAUUGGGCUCAGAGGAAGAUGACAACAAAGGCAAACUAGACUACCACUGGGUGACAAGGUGGCUUGAUGAUAUUGGCCUCCCGCAGUACAAGACUCAGUUUGACGAGGGACGUGUGGAUGGACGGAUGCUUCACUAUAUGACUGUGGAUGACCUAUUGUCUCUGAAAGUGGGCAGUGUUCUUCAUCACCUCAGUAUUAAGAGAGCCAUCCAGGUGCUCCGGCUCAACAACUAUGACCCCAACUGUCUGCGGCGAAGACCUUCAGAUGAGAACAACAUAAGUCCUGCUGAGAUCUCUCAAUGGACCAACCACCGUGUGAUGGAGUGGCUGCGGUCUGCUGACCUGGCUGAAUACGCACCCAACUUGAGGGGCAGUGGAGUACAUGGAGGACUGAUGGUGCUGGAACCUCGCUUCAAUGUGGAGACAAUGGCUCUGCUGCUGAAUAUUCCCCCCAACAAGACUCUGCUGCGGAGGCAUCUGGCUACUCACUUGAACCUGCUGGUGGGUUCUGAGGCCCAGCAACUCAAACAGGAGUGUCUAGAGAACCCAGACUACACCUUGCUCACCGCCACGGCUAAAGUCAAGCCGCACAAGCUGGCGUUUGGAGGGUUUGGUAGGAAGAAGAAGCAAGAGGACAAUGAAGAGUAUGUCUGUCCCAUGGAUGUGGAGAUGCCCAAAGGACGCAGCUUCCAGAAAGGCUACAGAGGCAUGGAGCUCCAGAUCUAUGAUGAUGACCUAGAUCGAUUCGACCAGAUGGAGGACUCUGAAGGGACAGUAAGGCAGAUUGGCGUUUUCUCAGAGGGCAUCAACAACUUAACGAGUAUGCUGAAGGAGGACGAGUUCUUCAAGGGGAUCUCCACGUCGUUCCCCAAUGCCAGUGUGAAGGAUGAUGACUCCAAUGUGUGAGGGUACUGCAGGGACACUCUCGCCCCUAGUGCUGCUGCUUUAAUAUGAAGUGACUGCCAACACCUCCACACACGCACCUCCAUCUGAAUGCCAAAUAUAUCGAACAGAACCACGUGUCCGCUCAU